GAAAGUGAGUGGCCAAUCAGAAUCCUCCUGCAGGCCAGGCCCCUCCUCUUCUGGCCAUGUGGAACUCUUCCUGGAGGAGGAGGAGGAGUGGCUGGGAGAGCCUUGGGAGAGAGAGAGUGCCUUCCUUCCUUCCUUCCUUCCUUCCUUCCUUCCUUCCUUCCUUCCUUCCUUCCUUCCUUCCUUCCUUCCUUCCUUCCCAGAGGGGGCCAUGGCUCUCCUGCUGCCCAGGUUGGAGCCUGGCUGCAAGGAGAGGCCGCAGGAGGGAAGCCAGCCCGGUGGUGCAUCUUCAGGCCCAGCAGAGCCAAGCCAGGACCCUCCGCCUGCCUUUCCUGCUGCUGCUGCUGCUGCUGGGAAUGGAGGGCAGUGGUGGGGAGGAGGAGGAGGAAGCCUUCUGGUGGGGGGGAAGGAGGAGGAGGGGGGGCUGCUAAGGGGAGAGCCCCCACCACCUUCAGGGGCAGAGUGCCAGAGCUUCAGGCAGUUCACCUACCAGGAAGCCUUGGGGCCCCGAGAGGCCUGCAGCCGCCUCCACUCUCUCUGCCGCCUGUGGCUGAAGCCCCAGCGACACUCCAAGGCGGAGAUGCUGGACCUGGUCAUCCUGGAGCAGUUCCUGGCCGUCCUUCCGGCCGAGAUGGAGCGCUGGGUCAGGGAAUGUGGGGCAGAGACCAGCUCCCAGGCCGUGGCCUUGGCUGAAGGCUUCCUCCUGAGUCGGGACCAAGAGGAGAAGGAACAACAGGUGCUGGACUUGAGUGCAGAAGUGGCCUCCGCCUUGGACAGGCCUCCCUCCACCUCCAGCCGGAUGCCGGUUUGUGCAGGACAAAGGGACCCUCCCAGCUCCACAAGAGGUGAACCAGAACCAACACAUACUGGCUUAGCUCUUCCUUCUGAAGUACACAGCUCAUCAAAUCAGGUGACCUUCCAAGAGGUGGCCGUGUCUUUCAGUGAGGAGGAGUGGGCCCUGCUGAAUCCGGACCAAAGGGCCUUGCAUCAGGAGGUCAUGGAGGAAAAUCUGGAGACUGUGUCCUCUUUAAUUCACAGAGAAGGGGAGUCACCUCAAUACCGGGACUAUGGAGAGAAUCAGGAGCUGUACCUCUCUGGUCAGCAAGCAAUGUCCAGUAAGAGGAAGCCCUUCAAGUGCUUGGAGUGUGGAAAAUGUUUCAGUCAGAAGACAAGCAUUGCUCAUCAUCAAGCAACUCACAUCGGAGAGAAAGAGUUCAAAUGCUUGGAGUGUGGGAAGGGCUUCAUUCAGAAGAUACACCUGACUUAUCAUCAAGCAAUUCAUACUGGGGAGAAGCCAUUUAAAUGCUUGCAGUGUGGGAAGAGUUUCACUCAGAAGAUAGGCCUCACCUAUCAUCAAGCGACUCAUACUGGGGAGAAGCCAUUUAAAUGCUUGGAGUGUGGGAAGUCUUUUAUUCGGAAGGGAAAUCUCACAUCUCACCAAACAAUUCACUCAGGGGAGAAACCCUUUAAAUGCUUGGAGUGUGGAAAAAGCUUCCGUCAAAAGGGAUGCCUUGCCUCUCAUCAAACCGUUCACACAGGAACUAAACCGUUCAAAUGCUUGGAUUGUGGAAGCUCUUUUACGGACAAGAGAAGUCUAACCGGCCACCAAGCAACGCACUCUGGGGAAAAGCCAUUCAAAUGCUUGGACUGUGGAAAGGGCUUCAGACGUAAGACCCACCUCACAGGCCACCAAAGAAUCCACACAGGAGAAAAACCAUUCAAAUGCUUGGUGUGUGGAAGAAGUUUCACUCUAAAGAGAACCCUACAUCUUCAUCAAGUUACACACACAGGGGAAAAGCCAUUUAAAUGCUUUGAGUGUGGGAAAAGUUUCUUGCGAAGAUCUGAACUCACGGCUCAUCAAGCCGUUCAAGCUGGAGAGGAACCCUUUAAGUGUUUGGACUGUGGAAGAAGUUUCAGUUGCAGGCGAAGCAUGGUUGGCCACCAAAUAAUCCAUACAGGAGAGAAGUCUUUUACAUGCUUUGAAUGUGGAAAGGGCUUCCUUCGGAAGACAGACCUCACGCGCCACCAAACAACUCACACAAGGGAAAAAUACUGACAUGUAUGGAAUGUGGGAAGAGUUUUCCCAGAAAAUCCAUCUCAUUUCUCAUCCAAAAGAGCAAGCCUUGAAGUGCUCAGUGUAGAAUGAGCUGUAAUAAGAAAAGAUCUCUUAUGUCCCUUAGCCAAACCAGUUUUGUUAUAGAGACGGAUGACUUAAAAUAGUUUUUCGUUGGGGUUUUCCCCCCGGAAGGUAAGGUAAAGGUUUUCCCAACAUUAAAUCUUGU